UUGCCGCUCGCGGUCUUGACGCUCCUGCCGCUCCGCUCAGUCCGGUCCUGGAUCUGAUCGAGUGGAAGUCGCGGCGUCUCCGGUUCUUUGCUGCGGCGGAGAAAUAAGAUGCGGAGCAGCAGCGACCCGGACCAGCCCAGACCCAGACCCAGACCCAGACCCUGACUAGCGGACCAGUCCGGCCUGGUUCUAGACAGCAUGGCAGCAGCGGCGAUGCAGGACCGAGCCUCAGAGAAAAGCUGCAGCCGCUGAGACGCAGCUAGCCGGCGGCUAACGACGCGAUGGCCGCAGACGGAGGCGGAGGCGGAACAAUCCGCAGCCGCAUCAAGAACCUCCUGCGGUCCCCGUCCAUUAAACUGAGGCGGAGCGGCGCGGCGCGGAGCGGCAGGAGCGGCAAGAGCGGCAAGGUGACACUGGAGAAGGUUCUGGGCAUCACGGCUCCAGGAAACAGAGCGUUGGCCUCGGACCCCCGGACCGGACAACUGGCUUAUCCUGCAGGAUGUGUUGUGGUCCUGCUCAACCCUCGGAAGAACAAACAGCAUCACAUCUUCAACAGCUGCAGGAAGGCCAUCACGACGCUGGCGUUCUCUCCAGACGGGAGGUUCAUGGUGACCGGAGAGAGCGGCCACAUGCCGGCGGUUCGAGUCUGGGACACGUCCGACCGCCUCCAGGUGUCUGAGCUGCAGGAACAUAAAUAUGGCGUUGCCUGCGUGGCGUUCUCGCCCAACGGGAAGUUCAUCGUGAGCGUCGGUUACCAGCACGACAUGAUGGUCAACGUGUGGAACUGGAAGAAAAACGUGGUGGUGGCGGCCAACAAGGUGUCCAGCAAAGUGACGGCCGUGUCCUUCUCAGAUGACAGCUCCUACUUCGUCACCGCCGGCAACCGUCACGUCAAGUUCUGGUACCUGGACCACGCCAAGACCUCCAAGGUCAACGCCACCGUCCCCCUGAUGGGGCGUUCAGGGUUGCUGGGAGAACUGAGGAACAACUUCUUCAGUGAUGUGGCAUGUGGGCGGGGCCGACAGGCCGCCGCCACCUUCUGCAUCACGUCCUCCGGUUUCCUGUGUGAGUUCAACGAGCGCCGGCUGCUCGACAAGUGGGUCGAAUUACGGAGAGUCGACUCCUCCUCUGUGUCCCAGGCCACCUGUCUGUCCGUCUCAGAGGACUUUAUCUUCUGUGGUUGCUCUGAUGGGAUGGUUCGAGCCUUCAGUCCAAUCAACCUCCACUUCCUGUGCACUCUGCCCCGCCCACACUCUCUUGGCGUGGACGUGUCCAGCGUGGUGGACGCCAGUCAGCUGUUCUCUGGAGGGGCGGAGUCUCGUUAUCCCGACGCCGUCGCCGUCUCGUACGACUCCACCAAUCGCUGGUUGUCCUGCGUCUACAACGACCACAGCGUUUACGUCUGGGACGUCCGAGACCUCCAUGACCCCCGCAGGGUGGGAAAACUGUACUCGGCCCUUUACCACUCGUCCUGCGUCUGGAGCCUGGAGAUGUAUCCAGAGGUGGAGGGAGGACGGAGAGGGGUGAGUGAGACAUGCCCCCCCCCUGGAUCCUUCCUGUCCUGCUCCUCAGACAAUACCAUCCGCCUGUGGAACAUGGAGGGACACGGCGUCUUCCACAGGAACAUCCUGAGCCAUGACCUUCAGAAGGUAAUUUAUGUGGACGACAGCAUCAGCAGCCUCCUGGACACAGAGAGCAUCACAGUCACCGGCGGCAACACAGAGAAGGCGGGGCCAUCGGGGUGGGAGGGGCAACAGACGGACCAGAGCAGGGUGGGCAUUAGGACCCUGAGUAUCAGUCCCAAUGGUCGGCACCUGGCCUCUGGAGACCGCAUGGGUGUCCUGAGGAUCCAUGACCUGGGCGACAUGGAGGAGAUCCUGAACGUUCAGGCUCAUGACUCGGAAAUCCUCUGCCUGGAGUUCUCCAAACCUGAUACAGGUCUCCAGUUAUUAGCCACGGCCAGUCGGGACCGUCUCAUCCACGUCCUGGACGCCAGCCGAGACUACAGCCUGGUCCAGACGCUGGACGAACACUCGUCCUCCAUCACAGCCGUCAGAUUCGCUGCCAAUGAGGAGAAGGUGAGGAUGAUCAGCUGUGGAGCAGAUAAGAGCGUCUACUUCCGCACAGCUCAGCAGAUGGGGGCGGAGCUAGAAUUCACAAGGACACAUCACGUGGUCAGGAAGACGACGCUGUACGACAUGGACGUGGAUCCGACAAGGAAAUACGCAGCAGUGGGCUGUCAGGACCGUAGCAUCAGGAUCUUCAGCAUCAGCAACGGUAAACAGAAGAAGUUGUAUAAAGGCUCUCAGGGAGAGGACGGGACACUCAUCAAGGUGCAGAUCGACCCGUCAGGACUCUACGUCGCCACCUCCUGCUCCGACAAGAACAUCAGCAUCUUCGACUUCUACUCUGGAGAGUGUGUGGCCACCAUGUUCGGACACUCAGAGAUUGUGACGGGACUGAAGUUCAGCAGCGACUGUCGACACCUGAUCAGUGUUUCUGGGGACAGCUGUAUCUUUGUGUGGCGUCUGAGUCCAGAGCUGACCGUCCGGAUGAGGCAGCGUCUCUCUGAGCUCCGCCCCCCCAGCACCACGCCGUGCUCCCAGAAUGCACCUGAGCACAAAACCGUGAAGCUCAGCGCUGAGAUGUCGUCUCCUCCCGUCGUCAACAUGUCGUCUGACAGCGACAAGGAGGAGGAGGAGGGGGAGGAGCUCCAGAGUCCUUAUAAGGUCACAGCAGGAAGUCUGGAGGAGGAGACAGACUCUGAGACAUUGGACCGAGACCAGAAGACGGGUCGACUCCCUCGGCGGCGCUGGUCCAGGAGGACGGGCAACGUUGACGGUGUCCUGAUGGUGAAAUCCAUGUUGGACCUGAGACUGCUGGACUCGUACAGGCCUGACAAACAGGAGGACCGGGUGGACCAGGAGGACCGGGUGGACCAGGGGGACCGGGUGGACCAGGGGGACCAGGUGGACCAGGUGGACCAAGAGGACCAGGUGGACCAAGAGGACCAGGGGGACCAGGAGGACCAGAAGACACGCACCCUCCAUGUUAGCCACGCCCCUUUUAACCAGAGGAGGACGGGUCAGGAUGUGGGGGCGGGGUUUUACAGGACCAACCAGGAGCUGGGGAGUACCAUGAGCCUGCAGGUCAGCAGUGCCUGGGUGGAGGACGAGACGAGGACCAAUCAGAGGCCAGACUUCAUCCUGCUGUCCAAUCAGAGCCCAGAUAGAGAGGAGGAGGACCCCAUCCUGUACCCAGACCACUGGGAGGACGGAGUGAGCUUGACUGAAAGUGAGUUCCAGGUGAAGGAGGCGUGUCCUGCUGCAGGUGGACGACAGGACAAACCCAGUCCAGAUAGCGGCUGCUCACUGGCCUACAACUCCAGACUGUCCAGUCCAGACAGACCUGGAGGAGAUGACUCGGUGGAGCUUCUCAGUGGGGACGGAAACUCCUCGGAGCUGGAGGAGGACGAGGACGACGAAGGGGGACGAGGACACGUGGAGGUGUCUCAACCUGUCCCUCAGACUCCAGACAAGGAGGCGUUCCUGAAAGAACACUUUGGCACCUUGGCCGACCUCUCUGAGUCAGGAAGUCUGAUCAGGACCCAGAGCUCCAGUGAAAGUCUCAGCAUCUCCUCCAGGUUCCUGACGUCCGCAAGCCGCACCGUGGCCCCCCUCCCAUCACAGACCCCCGUGGGGGGGGCCCUUCUCAGGGACCUGAAGGCUCGUCCUCUGGUCUCCGAGGUCCGACCUCUGAUGGAUCAGGACCAGACCAGGACCCAGGACCAGAACCAGACCUCUUCCCUUGAGGUCCAAGUAAAGACCAAACAGGACCAAACAGGACCUCUGGUGGGGGGGACCCCCUCCACCCAGCAGGUCCAUCACCCCCCCCCUCUGAAGAAGAAGUUCCAAACCACAGCAGAGUCCAGGAGGAACCUGGGCCCCACGGCCCGGGCCCCCGUCCUCCAGACCUCAUCCUCUGGACUCCGCAAGACUCAGUCAGUCCAGAGCCUACUGAGCGACCCGGUUCACAUCCAAAACCAGCUCCACCUGGUCCCUCCAGGUGACCCCUCCCACCUGUUUAGCGAGGACCCCCCCCUUCAGCGUCCCACCACCCUCCCCUCCUCCCCCAGGCGUCCCGCAUCCACAGCACCACUCCUGAAACCCAGCCCAGUCUCCCCGAGGUCCCCCCAACCAGAACCAGCCCCUGCUCCCAGGAAGUCCUGGUCCUCGUCUCGGUCCUACAUGAGUCCCACGGCCAGUUCCAAGGCCAAGAUGUCCCGCUCCGUCUCCGUGGGGGACGCCCUCAACAUGGGGGACGACCCACCGCCCCCCCAGACCUCCACCCUGUCCAACCAGACCUCCACCCCACCCCCCCAGACCCUGUCCCCCCAGACCCUGUCCCCCCAGACCUCCACCCUGUCCAACCAGACCUCCACCCCACCCCCCCAGACCUCCACCCUGUCCAAUCAGACCCUGUCCAACCAGACCUCCACCCUGUCCAACCAGACCCUGUCCAACCAGACCCUGUCCAACCAGACCUCCACCCUGUCCAAUCAGACCCUGUCCCCCCAGACCUCCACCCUGUCCCCCCAGACCUCCACCCCACUCCCCCAGACCCUGUCUCCCCAGACCUCCACCCUGUCCAACCAGACCCUGUCUCCCCAGACCUCCACCCUGUCCAACCAGACCCUGUCCCCCCAGACCUCCACCCUGUCCAACCAGACCUCCACCCUGUCCCACCAGACCUCCACCCUGUCCCACCAGACCUCUGCCCCACCCCCCCAGACCUCCACCUUGUCCAACCAGACCUCCGCCCCACCCCCCCAGACCUCCACCCUGUCCCCCCAGACCUUGUACCCCCAGACCUCCACCCUACUCCCCCAGACCCUGUCCCCCCAGACCUCCACCCUGUCCAACCAGACCUCCACCCUGUCCCCCCAGACCUCCACCCUGUCCAACCAGACCUCCGCCCCACCCCCCCAGACCUCCACCCUGUCCCCCCAGACCCUGUACCCCCAGACCUCCACCCUACUCCCCCAGACCCUGUCCCCCCAGACCUCCGCCCUGUCAUACCAGAACCUGUCCCCCCAGACCUCUGCCCCACCCCCACAGACCUCCACCCUACCCCCCCAUGCUGCUGUGGUCCCCGUCGUCGUCUCCUCCACCCCUUCUUCGUCUCCGGGUAACCAUGGUAACCAGACAGCCCCUCCCCCCCGUGGUCUCCAGGCCCGUGUCCCUGGACGACCACUUCCUGACAAACCCUCCCUCGCUGCCUUCUCCUCAAUGAGGACCCCUCCUCUGCUGGGACAGGAGAUGUGGACCCCCCCGGCUGUCACAGACCAGCCAAUCAGUGUGGAGACCUGCAGGGCUCUGACCAAUGAGCUGCAGAGCUGCUUUAAGAGGGCGACACACCUGUACAGGAAGGUGAGUGGCUCCUCCUCCUCAGAUGACUCCACCUCCGACCAGCGCCACAUGACUCUCCUCCUAUCAGAGGCCUUCCAGGCCAUGAGGGCGGAGCUUGACUCUCUGCCGCUCAGUGCACCGGGCAUGCUGGGAGAAGAGGGGGGGGUAGGAGGAGGAGUGGGGGGGCUGGGGGGGGAGAAGACUGCGGCUCUGCUGGAGGAGUAUUCUCUGCUGCUGCUACAGGCCGUACAGCGGCGGGUCGACAGCUCCCCCUGAUCUUCAUCAUCAUCUUCAUCAUCAUCACCUUCAUCAUCAUCAUCAUCACCAUCAUCAUCUUCAUCAUCAUCAUCACCUUCAUCAUCAUCAUCAUCAUCACCAUCAUCAUCUUCAUCAUCAUCACCAUCAUCAUCA